UUUCUAAAAAUCAAAUUUUUUUCGCAAAAAAAAAUAAUUAAAAAUAUUUAAAAAUUUAAAAAAAUUAUAAAAUAAAUAACUUAUUAAUUACGUGUUUCUUAAGCCAAUAACAUUCAUUUGUUAAAAGCAUUAAAUUACAAUUUUCUUCUGCAUAUAAAUUAAAAAUUUAAAUACCCUCUCAAAAUAAGCAAUCACAAAAAAAAAUAACAAAUCAAAAAUUAAAAAAUCAUAGAAUUCUUCUAAAAUUCAAAAGAAAAAGUAAAUUUAAUAGCAAUGACUGAAGAAACUCAAUUUGAUAAUAUUUUUAUGACUGUUAUGUAAAACAAAAAAUCUAUUGAUGGAUUUUUUGAGUCAGUAUAUGGCUUUUUGAGAAGAAAUACUGACUUCUUUACUGACUAGUAAAGAGCAGAAAAAGUCAUCACUGAAUAAUGCAAAAAAUAAUAUUCUCUUUAUUUGAAUGAUCAAAAAUAAAAGGAAGCUAAGGAAAAAGAAAAAAAAGAACGCGAAGAAGCUAAGAGACUCCAAAGAGAAAGAGAACUUAAGGUAUAAUAAGAAAAGGAAGAGUAGGAAAAGCAAAAAGUUUAAGCUGAAGCUGAAAAGAAAGUACAAGCUACUACUCAUAUUUCCUCAAAUAAAGCUUAAGAAACUGCUGAUGAUAAAAGUGCUCCAGUUGAAGGUGAAGAAGAUGAUGGAACUCCUCCUCCCUAUGGUAAUGGUGGAAAAACUGAAAGAUAUAUUUGGACAUAAACUUUAAAUGAAUUGCAUAUUUAUAUUCCAGUAGCAAGCACUAUGAAAUCAAAAUUCGUUUAAAUUGAAUUUUCUAUUAAGCAUCUCAAGGUUGUUAUUGAAGGAAAGAGCUUUAUUGAUUAAGAUUUCCCAGAAAAUAUUAAUGCCUAAGAAUGUCUCUGGACUCUUGAAGAUGGUGAUAUUGCAGGAUAUAAAGGCAAAUUAAUUCAUUUGAGCAUCGAAAAGUGGAAAAAUCAAAUGCACUGGUGGGAAUGUGCCUUAUAAGGAGACGAAAAGAUUAAUACCAAGAAAAUAUCACCUGAAAGCUCAAAGCUCUCAGAUUUAGAUGGUGAAACUCGUUCAACUGUUGAAAAGAUGAUGUUCGAUAUGAGAUAGAAAUAAGCAGGUUUACCCACUUCUGAUGAAUUAAAGAAGCAAGAAAUGAUGAAAAAUUUCAUGAAGUAGCACCCUGAAAUGGAUUUCUCAAAGUGCAAAUUCAAUUGA